GUGUCCACUUCCGGAUUACCCGGAUGUAGGCAGAAGUCUCAAAGAUGGCGGAACAAGGACCGAUGGCGAUAGCGAUGCGGCUCCGAAAUCAGCUCCAGUCCGUCUACAAGCUCGACCCGCUUCGGAACGAGGAGGAGGUGAAGUUGAAGAUCAAGGACCUGAAUGAACACAUUGUCUGCUACCUGUGUGCCGGCUACUUCAUCGAUGCCACCACCAUCACGGAAUGUCUCCACACGUUUUGCAAAAGCUGCAUUGUCAAGUACCUGCAGACCAGCAAGUACUGCCCCAUGUGCAACAUCAAAAUCCACGAGACACAGCCUCUGCUUAACCUCAAACUGGACCGGGUCAUGCAGGACAUCGUGUUCAAGUUGGUGCCGGGCCUGCAGGAGAGUGAGGACAAGCGGAUAAAGGAGUUCUACCAGUCUCGAGGGCUGGAGAGAGUCAUCCAGCCGGCCGGAGACGACUCGGUCCCGGACGCUGCUGGCCUGCCCUACACCAGCUUCGACCACUCCAAGGCUCAUUUCUACAGAUACGACGAGCAGGUUUCCCUCUGUCUGGAGAGACUCAAUUCGUCGCUUGCCGGAAAAGACAAGACGAAAUUUACACUUCAGCAAAAGUUUGUUCGCUGUUCGGUGCGAGCGGAAGUGAGACACCUACGGAAGGUUCUGUGUCACCGGCUGAACGUGGAGAAACACCAGGUCCAGAUGUUGUUCAACAACGAGUCGCUGCCGGAUCACAUGACCAUGAAACGGCUAUGGUUAUCACACUGGUUUGGAAAGGCUCAGCCGCUCGUGCUCCACUACACCGUCAAAGACAAGCGCGGCAGAUAGAAGCGGCUCUCCUCUUCCUCUGUACAUAUUUUGUACAAAAUAAUCUAUUUUAAUAGUGUUUGUGUACAUAAACUUAUUUUCCUUGGUUUUGUAUUUUUGAGAAUAAAUUUGAC